AUGACUUCGACGACGACGACGCUGCUCCACCCGUCUGCGCUCCUGCCGACGCCCGCCAAAAAGAAGAAGAUCCCGCUCGUCGGCAAGCUCGCGGUCGGUGGCUUUGCCGGCGUCAUUGGUGUCUCGGCCACGUUUCCCAUCGAUAUCGUCAAGACCAAUCUGCAGAGCUCGACGAGCUUCACGGGACCGGUGCACUGCUUCAAGACGCUCUUGGCGCGCGACGGUGUCCGUGGUCUCUUCCGCGGCCUCCCGCCGACGCUCGUCGGUGUCAUCCCCGAGAAGGCCAUCAAGCUCGCGGUCAACGACUACCUGCGCGAAGUGCUUGACCCGGCCGACACGGGCGUGCUGCCGCUGCACAAGCAGGUGCUCGCGGGUGCCGGCGCCGGUCUCUGCCAG